AGAAAGUUGAACCCAAAUGUGAAAGUGUGUUUACUAGGUUUUCUGUCAAAUACUUUUCUCAAGUCAUCAAUUCAUUAGCUUCUCAUCACAGAGAAUUAAUUUCAAAUUCAUGUUUUCACUCACUGUUGUGGUUUGAAAAGUGUUAUGUGCCCUAUAAGUUUGCAUUAUGGAUUGCUCGGCAAGUUGAUGUCAAGUCCUGUGAUAUUGUUGUUCGAGACAAAGUUAUCCCUUUAUCAAAAGAAUCAGUACAUGUUAUUCUUGGAUUACCUUUUGGUGGUAGUACAAUCCAUGGUAACUUUGAAACUGGCAAACAAAGGAUUCUUGAAAGUUUUGAUUUAUCUUCAAUUCCUUCCAUCAAAUAUUUUGGAGACAAAUUGAUUAACAAAGAGAAACUUUCUGAUGAGCAAGUUUUAAUGUGCUUUAUCAACGUUUGCCUCAAUUGUUUCCUUUGCCCAAACUCUUCGUUGCUACCUAGCACAAAAUAUCUCAGUGCUUUUGAGGAUUUGCAAUCUAUUUGUAAACUGGAUUGGUGCAAGCUUGUAUUUGAUGGGCUGAUGAAUCAUAUAUCAAAGCUUCAAAAAUCAAAGACCUUUGGUGGCUCUUUUUUCUAUCUUGCGGUCAACUAUUUGGAUUUUUUGAACUAUGGGUUGCGUAAAAUACCCACUGACAUUCGAAGGAUUAAGGUAUGGAAAGGUUCUAUGAUUAAAGAAUUUGCAAAAUUUGACAAGACCAGCAAAGAAGUUUAUGGGAAAAGACCUAUAAUGGAUAUUCAUCAACUUGCUACAAAAUGCAAUCUUAUACACCUUUUAUGGAAAUGCUUGAAAGUUCUAUUGGUUCCGUGCUACCUGAUGAUAUUAAGAUAAAGAUUAAUGAAGUGCUGAUACAACAUUUUGGUGAUGAAGAGGACAUGAUUGAUGAUAAACCAAAGAAACUUCUUAUAGAUGUGUUGCUGUUGUUAUCAAAUGCGAGUAAAACUAGGCUUGAUGAUAGUCCAAAAGCUAUACAUCAUACAACAAAAAAUUGUGAAGAUGAAAAUUCUGAAUCAAACAAGAAAGAUUUGCCAAUUUCUGUUGGAGAACUUUCAAAUGAAAUUCUUGCUGAUAGUGAUCCUAUAUUUCCAAAGAACAAAAUACAAUCACGUGUUAUUGAAAUGAGGGAUCCAAUUCAAACUGAUCAAAAAUUUGAAGAUGGUGACAAUUCAACCUCAAUUACCAUUCAAAAGAAUACUGAAACUGAUGUUGCAAGAAUCAUGCAAAAGCUACGUAGGGAAGGUCAAACAAUCACUACACCCCCAACAUGUAUAAAGAAAGAAGAUACCAAUUCUUGUAAAGAUAUUGAACAUGUUCCUGUGAAAAAAAGGAAGUCCAGAUUACUUGGUUUCAAUGAUACAUCAGCAUUUUUGAGUGAUGAAGAUAUCCCUAAGUUUAAGAUAUGGGAUUCUGAUGAUGAUAAUUUUGGUGAGAAUGUUAAUGUGAACAACAAGGAACGUAUAAUUCAGAAGCAACCGACUGAUUUGACACAAAAUGUUGAGGUCAAUCCGGAAAUUGUGGUGCUUACUUCAGAGAAUGAGGAUAAAAUUGAGAUGGUAACUUUGGAUUAUUCGCAAACUCAAUUGGAUUUCAAUUAUGAUGAUCAGUGCAAAGAGAAUGUUGCUCCAAGAAAUACGAAGGAAUCCCCUGAUGUUCUUAUUCUUGGUGAAAGAAAAUUUUCUCAGAAAUGUAUUGAUCUUUCAUCUAAAACUGACAUCAUGUACAAUAGAAUGAACCCAAUUCGAGAAAAUGCAAGUAAAAAGUUGAAGUUGUCAUCUCACAGUCCAGAAAGAGUACUUUUAUGCAAUGUUAAAAACUUGGAAAACAACACUUGCAGUCAAAAAACAUAUCAUAACCUGAGAAGCAAUUUGCACCCUGCUAGAUAUUCUACAGAUCCAUAUACACCUGAGAGAUGUUCCUUUCCUGUUUCUCAAUAUGAAAAACAAAUUUACAAUGCUGUAUGCAAUCUGGCGUCAAGUCAAUUUCAGGACUAUGAGCAUUAACAACUGAAAAACCAGCGAGCAAUGCAUAAAAGUUGAAGAAAUGUUGAGCUUCAUCAAUUGAUUUAAACUUCAUUCCUAUUUCAGAAUUGUUGCAGAAACUUAGAUCAACAGAGAAUCAAAGUUAGUGCAAAAGAGAAUGCAGGUACAUAUUUUUUAGAGUAUUUUGCACCUGGAGUUUUGCUGGAAUCUUCCAUUGCUCUCCUUUCUGAAUCUGAAGAUUUUGAGUUGGAUUGAAGUUCUUCUCAUCCUGUUGAUUCUCCAAAUUAUAAAACAUCACUAAAGAUAUUUCCCUUACAUAAUGUAAUUUUAUAUUUCUGUAUAGUGUGUUUGAUUUGCAGACUACCUGUUUCUAAUUGUGUUUGACAACAUAGUUAAAAACUGACACGAAGUUAGGUCAAAGGGGAAGCAGCUAUAAAACACGACAUACUAGCACAAGGUUCAGAAUCUGAAU